CAUCCAGGUCUAGUGUGUCACUUCCUUUCAGCUCUGAGCCAGAAGAAGAGAGCAGCCAGCGUAGACAAUCCUAGCAUUCUUGUUUGGGAUAUUUGAUCCCCUUACUAUAAAUCUAUGUCAAUUCCUGUCAUAACAACCAAGGAUAAUGGCCAAUAAGAAGAAAGUAAUAGUAACAGGUUUUGAGCCUUUUGGUGAGCAUGCAGUGAACUCCAGCUGGGUGGCAGUACAGGAACUGGAGCGAUUAGGGCUGGGUGAAGCAGUAGACCUUCAUGUGUGUGAGGUGCCUGUUGAAUACCAGGCUGUUCAGGGCCUACUGCCAUCUCUGUGGAAAGAGCAUCAGCCACAGUUGGUGGUCCAUGUCGGUGUUUCAGGAUUAGCCACCACUGUCACUCUGGAGCAGUGCGGCCACAACAAGGGUUACAAACGACUGGACAACUGCAGCUUCUGCCCGGCUUCCCAGUGUUGCAUGGACAGCGGCCCGGACUGCAUACACUCAGUCCUAGACAUGGAGACAGUCUGCAAAAGGGUCAAUGAAUCUGGCCUCAGGGUCGCUCUUUCUGUAUCUAAGGAUGCUGGAAGGUAUCUGUGUGACUACACCUACUACACCUCUCUGUACCUGGGGCAGGGUCACUCUGCCUUCAUCCAUGUGCCUCCACUAGGAAAACCCUACAGCAGCCAGGACCUGGGAAGAGCUCUUCAGGCCGCCAUACAGGAGAUGCUGAAACUGCUGGAACUGGAUCCCAAACACAACGAGCACUGCAAUCACAAGCACCACCACCAGCACGACUACGUAUGACUUAUGACUUAUAGUGCAGGAAGUGAUGACCAUAAGCUCCAGAAAAUGAAUAGUAUGAAUUUCACACUUGAAGUUCAAGAACAGGAGCUUGUGUAUAAAUUUGGUGCUUUUAACUGUUAUACCAGUGUCAACUGUAAACCAUGUGUUGUAUCUUAAAAAUAUUGAAGGUUUUACAGGUUUGACUUCAGCAUCUGUUUAUUGUAGACCUGGUCCGGGUCUUUGCAUGUGUGAUUGUUAGUCAGGUCCCUACAACUCUGCCUCUCAUAAGACUGUGAAAAUAGAUGUCAACAUCAAUAAUGGACGUAAGAACAUUGUAACAUGUGAAAAGGGGGAUUUAUGUGACUAUAUUAAGAUAUAAUAAGUAGUUCAAACAAGGUAGUAGCUGAAAGUUAUAUAUGGUGUUACAUUGUGGAAACAUUUAUGGUG